UUCUAGAUUAUUGUUGAACAAUUAUUUUAACUAAUUCAAGAUCCCUCGAGGACGUAUAAUGCAAUGCUUCUAUGUGCUGGUACAUAGUCGAUUCGGUCGAUAUUUUUAUGGUCCACGAUAGUUACAAACGGAAAUUUAUUAUAAUCUUUGAUAAAUUAUUAAUUUUUCAGAGUAAGGACUUCGUGAAUGAAAUAUAGUCAUUACCCAAAUUGAUACUUAUUUACUCAAUUUUAAAACGUCUUUUAAAUGCAAACUUUUUACUACAUUUAUCUUAUAAGUCAAUGAAAUUUUCGGCGCUUUAUACAAGAAGAUCUUAACAUUUCUCUCGUCGAACGCGAAACGUUUAUACACGUGUUUAUAAUCGAAGCCGUAAAAUUCGGUUAGAAAGGAGCGCCAAUUCAGCCGUGUGCCAUUGUUGUUAUUGCCUGUACCUAUAUUAUGUUAUUAAAACGAGCUGCUUCUGCUACUUUGGAUCGACGUUUUCAAUUAGAUACCAAAAUCAACGACUUAUUCUCGUUCUAAACUCGAGCCUACUCGUAUCUCCUAUAAACCUCGGGUUCAUUCUUCUAUAUAUUUUUUUAAUAAUCUCUAUGUAUCUAUCGUAUAUAGAGUAAGUGAAUAGUCGCAUCGACCGCAGCAAGUGUGGUUUUCGUUAUAGAAAAAAUAAACUCAAAUUAUUAGUGACUGUGCAAGUUGUGCCCGAGUAUGGAAAACGAAACGGUGUUCGUUAUGGAUCGGUAUGGAUCGUUAGAAGAACAUUUCAGAGAAUUGAAAGACGAGACGAAUUUGGACGUACCGGGUUUGCGAUACGCGUUUUUCGGUAUCAUCAAUAUGAUGAUUCGAUGGUGGAAAGGACCGCCGCCGAAUCUUCUGGACGCCUUCACGGCCGAAGAGAUGGAUAGAUAUCUCAUGUGCGCCGUGGAGGACACCUUCAGCCGGGAGGUGGACAGAAUAGGAUUCGUCGAGUACGUGGGCGAGACCGGCUACAGGGACGCGCCUCCCGGGACGGGCCCACCGGCCAAGUAUCGCUUCACGCCGCUGCAUCGUCUGUUCUACAACAGCCAUACCUUCGCCGACUGGAACCGCAUGGCGCGCGCCCUCUUUCGCAUCUACGACCGUUUCAGCGUGAACUGCGUGGACCCCGGUUACCCGGACCCACCGGCCAUCAACGUGUCGCACCUGCACGUGGCCUGCUGCAUCAGCGACGGCCGCCACGACGUCGUGGAGAGAUUCCUGGCGAUCGGCCAGGACCCGAACUGCUACACGAGGAACGGCGUGACGCCGCUGCAACUGGCACUGACGCUGCGCGACCGCGGCCUCGUGGAGCUGCUGCUCAAACGAGGCGCCAAGCCGCAUCUCGAGAUCGACGGCGCCGUGUCGCUGUCCGCACUGCACCUGCUCUGCUGGAUCUGCGGCGACGAUCACGAAAUGGCGAGAACGUUGUUCCGCGUCUGCGCCGAGGUGGGCAAGCCCCUGGACGUCAACGCCCGGGAUUUCGCGGGCGACACGGCGCUGCACGUGGCGCUGAUCCACGGCUGCAGCCAGGAGCUGCUGCGACUGCUGCUGGAGCGCGGGGCCGAUCCGAACGCGCUCAAUCACUCGGGCGCGAGCCCCCUGCACUACAUCUGCCAGAGGCGCCAGUACGACUUCGGCUUUCUCGUGUAUUUCUGCCAGCUGGUGCACCAUUACGGGAAGGCCGUGUACGUCGACUUUGCGGACUCGAGGGGCUGGACGCCGCUGCACACGGCGCUGCGCGCGGGCAACAGCGGCGCCGCCGUGUUCCUGCUGCAGAGCCGCGCCGACACGAACGCGGUCGAUUACAACGGAUGCACCCUCGACAGCAUCAUCGACACCGAGCUCACCGACGAGCAGGCGCGUGUGUACUUGCGGCUCGAGUUGCAGAGAGCCCGGCAACGGCAAGCCAACGAGAAUGGCCGAAAAAAACAAACUCAAAUUAUUAGUGACUGUGCAAGUUGUGCUCGAAUAGGAAAAAUAAUAGAAAUGAAAGCUCUAGAUUGGAGGAGCUUGAUAAGCAUUGCCAGUCGAGCGAGCGAAGAGGAAAAACGCCGAUUGCUCCUUGAUGGUAUAUAUCGUGUUGUCGAGAAUUGGCAGGGCCCAUUACCAGAUCUUUUAGAGAUCUUUCGACCCGAAAAAAUCGAGUGUCUUCUCUCGUACGCCGUAACGGACCAAGAGGGCGACGAGAAGGCAAGAAUACGAUUCAUCAAGUUCGUGGUUGACUCCGGCUACAGAGACCAGCACAAAAUUGGCACAGACGGCCGGUACGUGUUGCGUCGCACCACACCGAUACAUCUUGUUUUACGCGCCAAAAUCGACAACUGGGAUGCAACUGCGACCAACAUGGUCCAGUUGCUAUUUGAAAUCUACGACAGAUUUGAUUUGAACUACACCGACGAAGGAGGAUUCACCCAUUUUCAGGCGGCUUGCUCUAUCCCUGAUGGACACCAACUCGUCUGGAAAAUGAUCCAUCGAGGGCAGAAUCCUCAUUCGCUGCUACGAUCAGCUCUGCGAACUGCGAAGUGGGCCAUGGAGCUGCUGAUAAGAGGCGCCGAUCCUACUUGGGUCGAUGCCGAUGGAUCCACUGCUCUGCACUUUAUUUGCCGGGAUAAUCGCUUGGACUUGCUGAGGUUAUUCUUCGAGAUCGUCGAUAAGCACAGAAAGGCAGUGCAGAUCAAUGUUCGUGACAGCCUAGGUAACACACCGCUGCACUUGGCUGUGGAGAGCGGCAAGGUGACGACGUUUAAAUUACUGCUGACAAGAGGCGCCGAUGUGAAUUCGGUCAACGAAGAAGGAUCGACACCACUGCACAUUAUGUGCCGGAAGAGUCGCAUUGACUUGCUGACGUUAUUCUUCAAGAUCGUCGAUAAGCACAAAAAGGCAGUGCAGAUCAAUGUCCGUGACAGCUUGGGUAACACACCGCUGCACUUGGCUCUGAAGAACGGCUCCUUGAAGACGUCUGAAAUACUGCUGACAAGAGGCGCCGAUCCGAACUCAGCCAACCAAGAAGGAUCGACACCUCUGCACAUUAUGUGCCGGAAGAGUCGCAUUGACUUGCUGACGUUAUUCUUCAAGAUAAUCGACGACAUGCAGCAGACGGUGCUGAUCGAUGCUCAGGACGAGGAUGGAGACACACCGCUGCACUUGGCUCUGAAGAACGGCUACUUGAAGACGUCUGAAAUACUGCUAACAAGAGGCGCCGAUCCGAACUCAGCCAACCAAGAAGGAUCGACACCUCUGCACUUAAUUUGCCGGAGAGUCGAUGGCUACAAUUUAAUUAAGAUAUUAUUCAAGAUCGCAAACGACUUCGGGAAGCCAGUGUGGGUCAAUAUCCAAGAUGAGGAGGGUAACACACCCCUGCACUUGGCUAUAAGUCAAAAAAGCAAGAGGAUGUCUGAAAUACUAAUGGUAAACGGCGCCAAUCCGAAUUUGGCCGAUAAGGAUGGAUAUACUGCUCUGCACCUCAUUACCAAGACCAGAAACUACGAAGCGAUGAAGCAAUUCUUUGAGAUCGUUGACAAAAUGCAACAGACGGUGCAGAUCGAUGCUCAGGACAACAAAGGCUGGACACCAUUGCACAUGGCUGUGCAUUCGGGCCCCAGAAGUAAGUUUCAAUUGCUGCUGAGCAGGGGCGCUGAUCCAAAUGUCACCAAUCAGUAUGGACAGACUCCGCUGUCUUUGGCUUUGUUCAACGCAAACACGAAGAUUGCCGAAGAUCUUUUGUGGGCAGACGCUGAUCCGAAUUCGGCCGAUAACAAGGGAUGGACUCCUCUGCACGUCAUUUGCGUUAAAUGCACUUGGUUUUUGGAAACGUUCUUUAGAAUCAACGCGGAAAGACAGCAACCAGUGGAGAUCAAUGCCAAGACCAUCGAUGGUAGAACACCAUUGAACUUGUUAAUGAAUCGCACCAACUACCAGGAAGCGUCGCGAUAUUUGGAGGCACUAGGCGCCGAGCUUGAAUAAAAAUGAAAGAUUGACUGCCAAUCUGUGAAUUAGCGACGAUAAACACGUCUGCCUUAUUUUUUGGGGUUUAGUGUUAUUUACGGUCAAAUAAAUAAAAAAUUGUUUUUCUUUCAAUUAAA